ACAAAAUUGAUUUCUAGACAAAAAAAAAAUUAUAUGGAAGAAGUAGAAAUACCACAAUAUUUUUUGUGUCCUAUAUCACUUAUGAUCAUGAAAGAUCCGGUGACGACGGUGACCGGAAUAACAUAUGAUCGGGAAAGUAUCGAGAUGUGGUUGUUAACGGCGGAGGAAGAGGCAACGACGAUGAUGACGUGUCCGGUGACAAAGCAAAAAUUGCCUAGAGAUAUUGAAUUAUUGACACCAAAUCAUAUGCUAAGACGACUUAUUCAAGCUUGGUGUAUUGCUAAUGCAAGUAAUGGGAUUGAUAGAAUUCCAACCCCUAAAUAUCCUUUGAACAAAUCACACAUUCUUCGACUCGUUCGUCAGGUGAAUAAUCAUCAACUUUGUGUUGAAGCAUUGAGGAAAAUUGAUGUUUUGGUGAUUGAAAAUAAUGAGAAGAACAAGAAGUGCUUGGAGGAAGUUGGUGUAAUUAAGGCUAUGGUUUCUUUUAUAAUAAAAAGUUGUAAAGAAAGAAAACUAGUCAAUGGCCUUGAAGAAGCUUUAAGAAUUUUCCACCAUAUUUGGAGUCAAACAACUGAAAAUAUUCAACUUGUCAAGGAAAAUGUCGAUUUAAUCGAAGCUAUUUUAUGGAUCUUGAAGAGUGAUAUGACCAAAAAUCAAGUCAUUAUCAAGACACAAGCUAUGAUGGUGUUGAAAAACGUAACAGGAGUCUCGAGUUCAAAUCUUUUAUCAGGGUUACACCCUGAAUUCUUUCAAGAAAUGGUGAAUAUUUUACGAAAAGAAAGCAAACAUCACAUCUCUCAACAAGCAACAAAAGGCGCGUUACAAGUGUUAAUAGAUGCUUGUCCAUGGGGAAGAAACAAGCAUAAAAUCAUCGAAUCGGGAGCCAUAUUCGAGCUAAUAGAACUAGAAUUAUGCAACACUGAAAAAAGGGUUUCAGAAUUGGUACUUUGUGUAUUGGCACAUUUGUGUACUUUGGCUGAUGGUAGGGCUGAAUUCUUGAAACAUGCAGGUGGAAUUAGUGUUGUUACUAAAAGGACACUUAGGGUUUCUUCAUCCACAGAUGAUUGUGCAAUACAAAUUCUUGGAUCAAUUUCAAAGUGUUCAGCCACAAAAGAAGUUUUGAUGGAAAUGUUGAGAGUUGGAGCUGUGUCAAAGCUUUGUAUGGUGAUUCAAGCAAGUUGUGGUGAUUAUUUAAAGAAAAAAGCUAUGGAUAUAUUGAAGACACAUUCUUAUGCUUGGAGUAAUUCUCCAUGCAUACAAGUUUAUCUCUUGACUAGAUAUCCCGAGCAAUAGCGUCCUACAACAACAUAUUCAGUGUAAUUCUAGGGUCUGGGAAAUGACAUAUACGGACUUUAUUCUUACCUUUGAAGGUUACCUAGGUCGAGCUGUUGUUUUUGAUAGAUCUUCGGGUUCAAUA